GCUCCUCAUCAUGGUGACGGGAAAACGUCUGGCUGAUAUCGGCUAUCGGGCCUUUUCUGCCUCGAUGAUGCUGCUGACGGCUUACGGCGGUUACCUCUGUGCGAUGCGAGGAUACCGGUACUUUGAAAAGCAGAAACAGCUGAAACUGGCAGCAGAGAACCAGGACCCUGAAAUCAUCAAAGACUGACGUCACCAUGGCUGCAGCGGACAUUUCCCAUUCCUGUUUUCUGUCUCUGAAUGGCAGAGAUGGAUUCCUCUGUGAUUGUUCUGUAUUUCCAUGAGGUCACCUCAUGAGGAUUAUUUGUUUUAUAACAUUUAACCAAACAAUCUGUUAGGUAACAUGUGCAUCGGUGGCCUGUCUCAUAUCUGCUGUGUUUCAGGAUGCCUGUUUUGGUUUGUAUUAUAAUAAAAUGCCUUGAAUGAAAACGUGCAGCAAUUUGUCACAGAGGUGCAGAAAGAGACAUUUUCAAACAGGAUGUAUUUGAAAAGACAUUUGCACAAUGGAUUGAAGAACAAAUCAUUCCUUGAACUCUUCAGGCAGUGACAAACAAUUAAAAACACAUUUGGUCAUGGAGGAAGUAGUAAAAACAGUAAAAGUUACAAAGUAGACAAUGUGUUUUCAGAGUUCAUUCACAGCAUUCUGCAGCACUGCAAAUGUAAUGCUUCUCUCAUGCAGCAGCUGUUGUUUCUUAUAGCCCAUAGGAGCCCAGCUGUAACUCAUUUUCAUCUUAGGAUGACUGAUAUUUGCUGGGGAAUGUUUACUCCGUGCAAACUGUUGUGAACAAACCCUUCAAGACAAAAUAAAA